AUGUUCCGAAUAGCAGAAUUUUUAAGGAGGGAAAAGCUGUCACUGCUUCGAAGAUUACAAUCCAGUCUGAAGAGUAGUGUGACAACCUCAUCCCUUUCCGUAUCGCGAGAAAACCGAAUUGGUAGUGAAAGGCUUGCCUCCUUGGAUCCUUUCCGGACACACCGUCGUGAACAGAAGUUCGCAGCUCGUGAUAAUGACCAUAGAGAAGCAAUGAAGGUCUUUCUAGAUUCAUUGAAUGCUGCUCUAUCGUCGUCGUCGCUGCAGCAAUCCGAGAUUGAAUUAGGUUUACCAACGAAUUCGCUCGUCGCAGAAACCAUCCGAACACCAAUGAACAAUGGAAAAGAAGGAAAGAAAAUAGGAAUACACCCAAAUGAGAGUUUUGAUCAGACACCAGAAGUUGAAGAAAGAACAGGAUCCAACUCGAAGAUUGCAUCACAAAACAAGAACGUCAAUAGGCUCAAUCUACUCUUGUCGCGUGCUGUUAGAAGAAAAAAUGUCCAAAAGUCCGUCACUUUGUUCGAACAGGCAGUGGAGAAUGAUCAACUGAUUGAGCCAGGACUGGUGUCAAAGCUCUUCUUUCUUGUUUCUAAAAGUGACCCAAUAGCAGCAUACGAGAACAUGCGCUAUUAUCAUCUACACCCAGAUACGUCAGAAACCAGCAUCGAUAUGUACAGACGAUUAUGCAACUCUGUGGCAUCACUAGAUCCGCGACAGUAUCCCCAACGGAAAAUGGUUCAUUUCGUUGAAUGCUUGCUCCGUGACUUGGAAGAGAUGGAAAAUGAUCAAAAGGCGCAGCUUUUGCCAAACUUGAUUGUUUCACUAGUCAGGCAACGCAGUGUCAGCAUUGGCCCAUAUGCCAACACAUUGUAUGAUUAUAUGAUAUCCAAUGAGAUGGAGAUGACACCCGGAUGGUUGAACAAGCUAUUGUCGAGCUCCAAAUAUAAUCGGCAAGAAGAUCUUCCUUUCCACGACGUUUUGGCUCGAUUGAUUUCCAAAGGUUUCCCCCCACAUCCACUCACUUCGAUACCAGUUGUACACAAUAUGUUUCCAUACACGGAUACGCAGCAAAUGCGAGUGGCUUUGCAAGCACUGCUGGACCUCCAUGCAAGCUUUGACGAAGAUGUUGACCCAAGUAGCAAUGCCGCAAUGUACGAGCACUACAAAAUCGACAGAUCGACACUAGAGAUGAUUUCAACGGGUGCAGCACAAAAGGGCGAUCCAGAAUUAAUAAUGCUAGUAUGGGAAGUACUAGAAACGCUGGGCUACAACCCCACAGAGCAUUUAUUUGAGAACACGAUUGUCGCAUUUGCUUGCAAUGAAAGUGCACUCGUUGAUGCUUUUGCCGCGGUAUCAGCAAUGAAAGAAGCUGGAUUCGAAGUUUCUCGUGCCUUGAUUCGAAGUGUUUCUCGCGCCAUUCGAUCAAAACGCUGGCAUGUGACCAAUGCAUUUGAGUUGCUGACGGAAUCCAAUCAGGAGGACUUGAUUUGCCUUGAGAACUUCAAUAUCGUAAUGUCUAGUUAUGCAGAGAGGGGUGAUGUAAACGAUGUAUUGCGCGUCAUGCAAACCAUAAGAGAUAUCGACUUACAGCCAAAUCAGGAUUCCUAUGCAUUUGCGAUGGAAGUAUUGGGGAAGGAUUUACAUCGCAGGAAAUCAUCAAAAGACAAGUCACUGGUGCACAAGAACAUUGAAAAAGCAAGUUCACUUCUCGCAUCAAUGGAAGAGGAGGGGGUUCAACCGUCAGCAGAUUUUGUUCGAAACUAUGUUGAAUUGCUUUGCAUGGGAAAUGAGCUCAACACCGCGACUGAAUUGAUCCAAGAUUGCUUGGCAACCGAUGGGAUGAGAUCAGUUAUUAGUAACAAGACACUUUAUCGAGCAGCUAUCGCACACGCCGAUGUUGGAAACAUGGAUAUUGCGAAAGGACUUGCAGCACAGACAAGCGAGCUCAUCCCAGUUCUGAUCCGCAAGAUCAAAAGCAAAGAACAACGCUUCCUCCAUCUCAAGAGCAUACGGUAA